UGUUGAUGUAUUUUUUAACGAGUUAGUAACAGUUUCUUUUGGUACCAAAAGAUUUUGCAAUCUAUGCAUAGUUUCUUGAUAAUAACUUUUUGAAGACUUCUCAUAUGGUUGUUGAUACGAUUGGGCUCUGUGCCCCCACCCACAUCUCAUUUUGAAUUGUAAUCCUCAUUUGUCAAGGGAGGAACUUGGUGGGAGGUGAUUUGAUUAUGGAGGCAGUUUCCCACAUGCUGAUUUCAUGAUAGUGAAAGAGUCUCAGAUCUGAUCGUUUUAUACAAGGCAGUUUUUCCUAUGCUCACACUUGACCUCUGGUCUGCUGCCAUGUAAGAUGUGCCUGCUUCCCCUUCUGCCAUGAUUGUAAAUUUCCUGAGGCUUCCCAAGCCAUGUGGAAUUGUGAGUGAAUUAGACCUCUUCCCUUUCUAUAUUAUGUAGUCUCAGGUAUUUCUUUCUACCGGUGUGAAAACUCACUAAUACAGCUCUGAAAGAAAUGGAGAUACACAGAUUAAUGGUUUUAAUGAAGCAUCAUUUUAAAUAUGAGAACGUAAGUUUAGAAGCCAAAAGGAAAGCUCUAGAUGGAUGAAUAUCCAAGAGAAAGGACAAGUAAUAGUGUAGGCUUCCUGUAAAAGGCAGGUGAAAAUGGAAGCCAAAGUAGAGGUUAGAGGAGAAACAAUGUUCCUGAAUGACCAAGCAUGAGUUGAUACCGCUUGCCUCUUUGUCUAGCCUGUCGCCAGCCAUCUCAAGGCUGUCUAUGUCAGCAUCUCCCUCUUUUCUUCUACUUGCCUUGCCUGUCCAGCUCUGGGUAAACUGCACUUCCCCACCCCACCCUCUUAAAUUUCUUCCACUGGCUCAUUCAUUUAGCAAACAUGUACCGAUCCUUGACUGUGUGUCCAGCCCUGGAGGUCAGGGAUUCAAAUAAGUCCCUGUGCCUGUGGAACUCAUGUUUCAGUGUUGGCAAGAGACAAGUAGCAGUAGUCAGAUCAUGAUGCACGAUGUCAGAAGGGUCGUAGUAGCACGGGGUGGAGUGGGAGCCUCCUGCCCCUAAGCUGCAAGUGUUGCUGGAGAAAAUCCCUCAACCAGAUCAACUGGCAAAACCACAGGAGCGCCCUCCCUCCUGCUAAGCGAUUUUUAAAACCCAUCUUAAAUUGAUAUCCUUUCCCAGCGCCACCUUUCUUCUUCUAAUUUUCCACCUUGCUCUCAUUUCUUAUGUUGCAGACAAGGGGGGUAAGGACCACUUCCUCAUAAGGCAUAAUUUCAUGUCCUUGAUAACUAUGGGCCAGGCACAGUGGCUCAUGCCUGUAAUUCCAGCACUUUGGGCGGCCAAGGCGGGUGGAUCACUUGAGGUCAGCAGUUGGAGACAAAUCUGGCCUACAUGGUGAAACCCCAUCUCUAAUAAAAAUACAAAAAUUAGCCGGGCAUGUUGGGGUGCACCUGUAGUUCCAGUACUCGGCAGACUGAGGCAGGAGAAUUGCCUGAAUUUGAGAGGCAGAGGUUGCAGUGAGCUGAGACUGCAAACUGCACUCUAGCCUGGGCAACAAGAGCAAAAUUUUGUCUCAAGAAAAAAAAAAAAAAAGAAUGAGCCAAGCGUGAUGCCUCAUGCAGGUAAUCCUAGCAUUUGGGAGGCCAAGGCAGGAGGACGGCUUAACUUCAGGAAUUCAAGACCAUCCUGGAUAGCAGAGGGAGACCGCAUCUCUAUUAAAAAAUUUAAAACGUAGCCCAGUAUGGUGGAGCGUGUCUGCAAUCCCAGCUGCUAAGGCACUGAGGUGGGAGGAUCGCUUGAGUCUGGAAUUAUUGAGGCUGCAGUGAGCUGCAAUCUUGCCACUGGCACUUCAGCCUGGAUGAUACAAUGAGACCAUGCCUCCAAAAAAUAGGAAGUGAUAGCAGGCUUAUAAAAUAAUGAUUACUAAAUGGUUGCUUUUCUUUGGAGAUGGAAAGAGGAAGUGGUCAAGUUUUCACUUACCACGCCUUCAAUGACUGGGCUUUAGUGUAUAUUAAUAUAUGUUAUGACCUGAAAAUCCCAAGUAAAAGUUUGGUGACAUUGUUGUAAAAGUAACAUAUUCUGUUGUACUUCAGGAUCAUCCAGGGACGCAGCGUUCCCAUCCAGGAGCUCGAAACCGAGGUCGAUUCCGGUGCCCUGAUGACAAGUCUGAAAAUUCAGCAGUAAAAAGAAAGCAGGAAAGUGGUAUUACCCAUAGAAAGGGAGAGGAUGGGUGUGAUAGCUCACACCCGUAAUCACAGCACUUUGGGAGGCCGAGGUGGGUGGAUCACCUGAGGUCAGGAGUUUGAAACCAGCCUGGCCAACAUGGUGAAACUGUCUCUACUAAAAACUCAAAAAUUAGGUCGUCUGACCAAGUCUCAGCGCAGCGCACCGGCCGGCUUAUCGCUGGCCUGGAGCCCACACCCACCGGGUCCCUGACCCCGCGCCCCCUGGGCGCCCCCCGUGCCGGGUUCCCAGCAUGCCUCGCUCCCGUAAGGGCAACACGCUCCGAAAGGGUGGUCAGCGCCGUGGAGGAGGUGCCCAGAGCAGUGCCCAAGCUGACUCAGGUUCCAGUGAGGAUGAGGCAGCCAGUGAGGCCCACAGCACCGCCAGUGAAUGCCCCAGCCUUCUCAGCACCACUGCAGAGGACAGCCUUGGGGGGGAUGUCGUGGAUGAGCAGAGCCAGCAAGAAGACCUUGAGGAAAAGCUGAAGGAGUAUGUGGACUGCCUCAUAGACAAGAGUGCCAAGACCCGGCAGGGUGCUCUUGAGAGCCUGCGCCUGGCCCUGGCGUCCCGCCUACUCCCCGACUUCUUGCUGGAGUGCCGCCUCACACUAGCCGAUGCCCUGGAAAAGUGCCUCAAGAAAGGGAAGGGUGAGGAACAGGCCCUGGCGGCUCCUGUGCUAGGCCUGCUCUGCGUGCAGCUGGGCCCUGGACCCAAGGGUGAGGAGCUGUUCCACAGCCUGCAGCCCCUGCUGGUCUCUGUGCUCAGUGACAGCACAGCUAGCCCUGCUGCCCAGCUCCACUGCGCUUCUUCUGCUCUUGGCCUGGGCUGCUGCGUGGCUGCCGCCGACAUCCAGGACCUGGUCUCUUGCCUUGCCUGCUUAGAAAGUGUUUUCAGCCAGUUCUAUGGCUUGGGUAGCUCUGCAACUCCUGUGGUCCCUGCCAGCCUGCACGGCCUACUCUGUGCUGCCCUGCAGGCCUGGGCAUUACUGCUCACCAUCUGCCCCAGCACCCACUUCAGCCACAUCCUUGACAGGCAGCUGCCCCGGCUGCCCCAGCUCUUGUCCAGUGAAAGUGUGAACCUGCGGAUUGCUGCCGGUGAAACCAUUGCCCUGCUCUUUGAGCUUGCCCGGGACCUUGAGGAGGAGUUUGUUUACAAGGACAUGGAGGCCCUCUGCAGUGCCCUGCGCACUCUGGCCACUGACAGCAACAAGUACCGUGCCAAGGCCGAUCGCCGGCGCCAGCGCUCUACUUUCUGCGCCGUGCUGCACUCCGUGGAGAACAAUGAGCUACUCCGUGACAUCUUUGGGCUGGGCCCUGUGCUGGUGCUGGAUGCUGCUGCCCUGAAGGCCUGCAAGGUUCCACGCUUCGAGAAGCACCUGUACAAUGCCGCCACCUUCAAAGCCCGGACGAAGGCUCGAAGCCGUGUGCGGGACAAGCGGGCAGACAUCCUGUGAAGCAGGACCAGCUGAAGAGGAGACUCUCCAUACCUUUGGAUUAUCCAGAGAUGCAACGUUACCAACAAGGAGCUCGAAGCCAAGGUCGACUCUGGUACCCUGAAGACAACACCAAGUCUGGAGAUUCAGCACUAGAAAGAAAGCAGGAAAGUGGUAUUAGCCAUACAAAAGAAGAGGAGAGGCCGGGUGUGGUGGCUCAUGCCUGUAAUCCCAGCACCUUGGGAGGCCAAGGUGAAUGGAUCACCUGAGGUCAGGAGUUUGAGACCAGCCUGGCCAACAUGGUGAAACCCUGUCUCUACUAAAAAUACAAAAUUUAGCUGGGCGUGGUGGCAGGCACCUGUAGUCUCAGAUACUUGGGAGGCUAAGGCAGGAGAAUUGCUUGAACUCAGGAGGCAGAGGUUCCAGUGAGCCAUGAUCUUGCCAGGCAGAGGUUCCAGUGAGCCAUCAUCUUGCCACUGCACUCCAGCCUGGGCAACAGAGCAAGACUCUGUCUCCAAAAAAAAAAAAAAAAGAGAGAGAGAGGAGAGGAGAGGAGAGGAGUAUAUAGCAGAGGAGUAAGUUUUGCCUCAAAGCAGGAAUCUGAUCAGAUGUCAGAAUUGAAAUUAUAAUCUCAUUGUUUUUGCAAUUUUUAUAAAUUAACUUUAAAGUGUCAGAAAAAGGUAAUGGUGAGGACAUGCAUUGCAAUUUGCAGGGAGUUCAUUACCUGUGACACGAGAGAAAAGUAAGACCUGUUUCUAAAAUCAAAAGCUGCUGUUCAUCCUGAAUUGAAUUUCUGAAUUUUGGUGGAGCAGAGUCGCUUUGAAGCCUUGUUCCCCUCUAGUUAUACUGAAUUGCUGAUGAUAACUGUUGACUCUGGGUAGUGUAGAAGUCACAAGCGUGUCCUUGUAGCACAAGUACAGGGAAGGAUAGAACAAACUUUCAUUGAUGCAAACAUUUAAAUAGUCAUGUUACUUCUGUAUCCAAUGUCCUAAAGUUUUGGGAUUAGUUUUAGUUUUUUAUUUGCUUUUAUGAGCUUAGCAUGAGGAAUAUUUGUAAACAUCUCAUUUUGUCUUCCUUCAGCAUUUUUUCUAUCAAGAGGUAAGAUGUAGUCCUUGUUGGAUUCUUGACAAUCUAGGUUGUUUUAUCUCAGGUCUCGUGAUCUGAGCACAUACCCUCUCCAGGAGGGAAACUGAACCAAUGUCUGUUGUUGUUAGAUGGCAACUUUUAGUCUCAGCUUGUUUUGUUGUGAUGUUGAUAAAUAGUAACAGCAUCCAAGUAUGAAGCUAAGUGUGGUAAGUCACUUUACUAAAU